AUUCAUUGACAGAUUCUUCUUCCUCAAUAUUUUUUUUCCUUGUUGUGAUUCUUGAGAAUUUUCAUUAUAAUCUUGUGAUUUCCUGAUUUUAUCAACAAUUUGACUUUUACAAAUGAUGAUUGAUCAUAAUCAAAAUAUCACCGAUAUCGAAUGAAAUGUUAGAAUAAAAAUUGACCAUACAUCAUCAUAUUAUCCACGUAGAUAUUUUGAAUUUUCUUUCUUCAUUAUCAAUUUGUUUAAACAAAUAUACAUACACUGAAGGAUACGCCUUUUUUUGUUCACUGCUAUUGCUGAUUGACAUUGGCUUUCAAAUAAUUUAAAUUUUCUGCAAAUUCAUCAUUUGUCAUUGAAUUUUAAUUUUUGUUCCGUGAUUAAAAACCGGGUCAUUAGAAUUAUGAAAUUCAUUGUCAUCUAAUAGAUUGUUUUUUUUGUGUUAUACCCGAAUUGUUCCAAGUCAACACUUAAAUCAACACAACCUUUUUUUCGUUGUUUUUUUCAUUGUUUUAUAUAUAUUGAUAUAUUUAAUCAUCGUUUGUUUUAAUCGAUAUGGACAGAUCUUAAAAACAUCUUAUUUAUACACUGAAUAUUGAUAUUGAUAUAUUGAAUAUUGUCGAAAAUUCUGUUACAUACCAAUACAAAUGAAUCAAAUACAAGUAUUGCCUGAACAUCCUGCUGAAACUAUGGCUGAUUAUCAUCAUCAACAACAAGACCAUCGUCAAUCAAUGGAAAUGAAUAACAAUAAUAAUUCAUCAUUAACAACAACAUUUAAAAAUCGAUUAUCAUCAUCAUCAUCAAUGUCUUCAUUGAGUGAUUCUUGUAAUGAAUCAGAUAAUUGUUGUAAUGAAAAUAAUCAUCAUCAUCAAUUACAUUCACAAAAUAAACAAUUACCACCAUCACCAUUAUCAUCAAUGUCUGGUGUUUUAUUGAAAUGGACAAAUUAUCUUCAUGGCUGGCAACAACGAUACAUUGUAUUGGAAGAUGGUGCACUUAGCUAUUAUAAAUCUGAAGAUGAAAAAUCUUUUGGAUGUCGUGGUGCCAUCACCAUUAUCAAAGCAAACAUUAAGUUGCACGAAAUCGAUGAAUGUCGUUUUGAUAUCGGUGUAUCUGAUUGUGUUUGGUAUUUACGAGCACCAUCAGUUGAAGAAUGUCGACGUUGGGUGAAUGCCAUACAAGAACAUAAAGGCUAUUAUCAAUCGCUUGAUAAUAACAUCGGUCCCUCAUCAUUGAUUAAUGGUGCAACAUUAGUAUCAGCUUCCGGUAGUUUACAGCCACCACCACCAUUGUCAUCGUCAUCAUCAUCACCAUCAACACAACCACUCCCACCACCCCCAACACCAUCACAAUCAUCACAACCUCCAUCAACAACAUCAAGUGUUGUAGGUUAUCCUAUCAAUGCCAGUGAUAUUGUUGGCCUUCGUCGUCAUGAAUCAGCAUUAUCAUUAAGCUCGAUUACAUCUUGUCGUUCAUAUAAGGAACAAUUAUCUGAAAUGGAAACAUUCCGUACAAUAUUAUAUCAACAGAUUAAAACAUUACAACAUUAUUUUGAUUCAUCAUUACAAUCGACUAAUAUUGUCAAUGAACACCUUAAAAGACAUCGUCGUCAUCAAUCAAUGAAUGGUUUCAAUUAUUUGGAUUGUAAUAAUGAACAAGUGAUAAAUUCAACAACAAACCGGAACGUGGUAUCACAAUUAUCAUCAUCGUCGACAUCGACAUCGUCGAGUGGAAUUAGUGCAGAUCAAUGCAUUAAUAAAAAUAUCUUAACCGCUGCUGAAAACAGUGAUAGUCAAUCAACAACAACAACAACAACAGCAUCAUCAAUAAACAUAAAUUUAUCAUCAUCAUCAUCAUCAGCAGCAAAAAAUCACGAUAAUAUUUUUGUCGAUUUUAAAAAGGAAGCAUAUACAUUCAAAGCAACUACGGCUGGUAUAAUUACAUCAUUAUCAAAUUGUAUUGAUUUGAUGACGCAACGUGAAGAACAUUGGAAAAAACGAUUAGAAAAAGAACAACAAAGACGUCGUAAGAUUGAAGAUCAAUCAAAACGUUUAGGAGCUGAAUUAGAAGAAACUCGUCGUGCAUUAGCUGAAUUACAAUUUGAAUUACAACGUAAUACAUUGCAGCCAAAUAAAGACAAAGUGAUAUUGAUUGGUGGACCAGAUUAUGAAGAAGGUCCACAUAGUAUGAUAAAAGAGGAAGAAUUUUUUGACGCUAUUGAUGCUGCAUUAGAUCGUUCGGAUCAACAAGAAGAAGACAUGAGACAGUUAAAACUGCAAACAAUGAAUUUGGAUGAACCGUUGGAUGUAAUUCCACCGGAACGUUGUGAUCAUCCACUUUGGCCAGAAGUUGAACGUGUCACCAUGGAUCAAUUAUAUUAUGCACGAUUAGAAGUUGAAGAUACACCAUCAUCAGGCGGUGGUAAUUGGGAAUUGUUUGCACAAGAUGGUGAGCUACGUCUUUAUAAACGUGAGCUAGAAAUCGAUGGUCUUGUUUGUGAUCCAUUGAAAGCCGUACAUACUGUUAAAGGUGUUACAGCACAUGAAGUUUGUCAUCAAUUUUUCUCUCCCGAUGUUCGUUUUGAUUGGGAGAAUACAUUGGAUUCAAUGAAAGUGGUAGAAAAUAUUAAUCCUAAUACGCUUGUAUUUCAUCAAAUUCAUAAACGAGUUUGGCCAGCUGCACAACGUGAUACAGUUUUCUGGUCACAUAUCCGUAAAAUUGAUGCCGAUACUUUACGGACAAAAUGUCAUCCAAAUUCUACUGGCAAAAAAUUGCCAUAUAAUGUUUGGAUUGUAUGCAAUAAUUCUGUUGAUCGUCCGGAUGUUGAUCGUGGUGGAUGUCUUCGAAUGCGAUUAGUUGUUUCAAUGUGUUGUGAAAUGACCAUUGAUCCACCAGUCGAUGAUGAUGCUCAAAUAACACGUGAUCAUUUACGUUGUCGAAUCAUUUAUUGUUCAAAAAUCAAUCCAGGUGGAUGGGCACCAGCUUCGGUUUUAAGAGCACUAUAUAAACGUGAAUAUCCAAAAUUUAUGAAACGUUUUUCGCAAUAUUGUAUCGAUGUUUAUAAAGACAAACCAAUUAUGCUAUGAGCACAAUUUUUAUCACUGUUUUUCAACAACAACAACAACAU